UAAAACUAGGCUCUCGUUGUUCCUUGGGAAGCAGAGUAAGCAUGGAGCCGGCCGCUGGCGUUAAGGCAGGAUCUGAUAUGGAUGAAGGUUAUUCUGUCGGCGUUUUACUGUCGGACAGUGAGGAUGAAUCUCCCUUACCUAAAAAGAGAAAUUUGGGGUUACGCGUUGCUCUCCCAUUCACUAACAGAAAGUGUGCCAACAAGACUAAGGAAAAGAACCUCGAGUCCUCACUUGUAAAGCCAGGCAAAAAGGAUAGUAAGAAACCACCCGCUAGAGUGAAGAAUGAACAACGAUCCAGUAAGAAAGUAACUGUUCCUGGAUCUGAUUCAGAAGAUGAGAAUCCUGCUUCUAACCAGGAAAAUUCAAGUGCUUUGCUGAAAAGGGCAAUGAACAUUAAGGAAAACAAAGCAAUGCUUGCUCAACUUUUGUCAGAACUGAAUUCCAUGCCUGAACUCUUCCCAAUAAGUACACCUUCCACAACACCCACAAAACAGAAAAAGACUCCUCGGAGGACAUUUUCUGAAGGUCAUAUUGAACGUCGUACUAACCCAAGCAGAAGUGCUCGGCCACCUGAGAACUUCGGUUUGGAAAAUUUCACCUUGUCGGCUAUUAAGUUUGCUGAGCACGUUCAAAAAUAUGGCAAGAAAGCUUUCCUAAAGCGGACUUUGAGUGAGGAUGAGAGAGAACAAUAUCAGAAGAGGAGGCGAUCUUCCAAGAAUACUGUUGUCCGUGCUGUAGAAGAUAUUACAGAGGAGGAGCUGCAAAAUGUUGCUGAUUCAGUUAAAGAUAAAAUUUAUGACAAAGUUUUGGGUAGUACUUGUCAUCAGUGUCGGCAGAAAACAAUUGACACUAAGACACUGUGCCGUAAUCCUGGAUGUGGUGGUGUCAGGGGGCAAUUUUGUGGGCCCUGCUUGCGAAACCGAUAUGGAGAAGAUGUCAGAGAAACACUUCUAGACCCUGAAUGGAUAUGUCCACCUUGCCGGGACAUUUGUAACUGCAGUUAUUGUCGCAAACGUGAUGGCCGUUGUGCAACUGGCAUGCUUAUUCAUUUGGCAAAGUUCUCUGGUUAUGAUAAUGUGAAAGAAUACCUGGAGAGUCUGAAGAAACAAAUGGAGGAUGAAGACUGACCAGCUGCAAACUGAUACUAGAACUAAUCCCAAUGGACGUUUCUACUUAUGGCUAAUAACCCCUAUGUAUCCAUACAUGCACAGGCCAACAUUUUAGCAAUAUACUUUUAAGUAAGAAACACAAAAAAGCGCCUCAUUGGCACAUUUGCUUCUUUUAAAAAGAAAUGUAAUUUCCAAAAUGUACGGUUUUGUACAUAUUUUUUUAGUAGGAAUCCAGAAAUUUAUAUUCGUGUAUAUAUUAUUUUUUAAAGUUUCAGUUAAAAGCUGAAGAUUUCUUGUAUACUGUAAUCAUGGAAAGGUUUAAAACUAGUCGCAUAGGAGCUAAUUAUGUUGAUCCAUACAGUUAAUUUGCAAUUUGACUAUGUGUAAUGAUGCUAAAUUGACCUGAUCUGGUAAUUUAGGCUUUUUUUUGGCUGCUGGUCACCUUUUAUGAGGACCAAGGGGAAUCACUGACAAAAUCCCUUACCCAUUAUUCUGUCCAAACUAAGAACAUGCAGCCUUUUUAAUUCUUCUAAUGUGUGACAUGACAAGCUUUGAUAACUGUAUUCCCUGUCCCCCUGUUUACAGUAUGGACUGGGAUUGCUGCUGUAUUUUAACACUGGUGCAUUUGUAGUGCAUAACUUUUAUCCUUAUGUUUUUGUUUAUGAAGCAGUAUAAGGGAAGCAUUAUUUCUCUAUUUGGAGCUGAAUCUCUUUGUUAGCUGGAUGAAUCAUAUGCAUGGCUGCUGGUAUUAAAGUCCCUGUAAUUCACAAGUGCAAAACUGCCAUAUGUCUAUGAUAUAAUUUCAGUUAUAACUGUUAAACUGACCUAUGCAAAUCAACUGCUGCACUGCAAUGCUUACAGUAUACUUUUCUGUGGCUCAUUAAUGCUCUGUUAGAUCAAACUUCUCUCAACAUGCUUCAUGCUCAGUAGGGAUGAAAAUCAUUGUCCAUUGCAAUUUACAAUCUCAAUGUUUCUUGAGGGAACCAUAUCGUGUAAUCGUAUAUAUACUGUACUUAUUAUUUUGCUUAUUCACAGUUCUCAGACCUGCUUAAUUGACAGAAAAGGGCAAAGUAGUAAAAACUGUCUGUUUAAAUGAUGAUUCUUUUUUAAAUUACUGUUUUAAGUGACUUUAACACACGCCGUUUUUAUGUGAGUGCAAAAAUACACCCCACAUUCUAAAGCUGCAAUACGCUUCAUGUUGUAUUUAUGCUCUGAAUAACACAGGCAAGUGUGAAUCUAGUAAAGACGUUUGAUGGCAGAGCAGAGAAGACCUGUUUUAAAAUGUAGGCAUGACUUGGAGAUCGCUAUUGUCAAUGUGAAUGAUUAUCAAGGUGACACAUGCCUUGGUUUGACUAUAAUAGAAAGGAAUAGAAAUGUGGACAUUUAUACCAUAGGGUUUAAAUCUGUAUUUGCAAUAUGUGUAAAAAGCUUCUGUAUAAUUUUGGUACAUUGCUAGAGUUUCUAAUGCAAAUGGUUUCACUUUCCAUAUGAUUAAAUCUGGCUGUAUGUCUAACAUAGUAAA